AUGACUAUCAACCCUACCUUCCUGGCGCAGCGCACGCGCUCCUCCAUCAACUUGGGCGAUGCCAAAUACAGAGUCCUCAAGUCUUACCGCGAAUGGCUCCGUGCGUCCCCCGAGAUCCAGACCAUGUACUCCCUCGACAUGCCCGUAUCCGCCAUUCGCACCAAGAUCCGCCAGGAGUUCGAGAAGCACCGCUACGUCAGCCAAAUCGCCGUCGUUGAUGUUCUGCUCUACAAGAGCCACGCCGAGUUCCAGGAAACUCUUAACUACUGGAAGCAGCUUUCCCACGUUAUGAAGUACUUCCGCCCAGAAGAGGACCCCGGUGCGCGGCUACCCCGCAAUUUCGUCUCUGGUUUCCUCGAGGGCCGCAAUUAA